CAGAGCAGGAUGAUCAAUCAACAUAUCCAUUAUAUUAUAUCGUAACAGAAAAAAAAAACUUGAAAAUUAGUAUCUGUUAAUUUUCACCGUAAUCCUUCAAAAUUUAUUAAUAGAAAAAAAAUCCAUGAAGAAAUCCCGUAUGAUUAAUAAUCAAAGUAAGGAAAACAGUUUAGUGGGUCGGGUUCCUCUCAUUUAUUGAAAGAAAACAAAUGUAUGUCGAAGCAGCCAUUGUUGUUGUUAAUAGCAGGGAAACCUAGGCUGUCUGUAGCAAGCAGAGGUUUUUCUCCACUCUGUCUCUGCUGCACUGCUUUUCUCCACCCUCUGCCGCUGCACGCCGCCGUCAUCACCACUCAUAGCCGCACACUGCCAUCCAAAGCUUCAAAUCACUCAGGUAGUAGUAGAAACAUGGAAGUAGCUGAAGUUGAAGGUGAUCAUGUUCCAUCAGUAAUUCCAGAGCUCCCAAGUGAAAUCAUAUGGUUUCUUAUACUGCCACGGCUACCAGCUAAGUCUCUGAUGCGGUUCAAGUGCGUUUGCAAGUCAUGGUCCUCUCUCAUCUCCGGUAACCCUACAUUUCUUGGUGUCCACCGAAACUUGCGCUGCAACAACAGCAGGUACACUCACCUCCUCCUCAAUGUCUUUGACCGCGACACAGGCCACGACCACUUGCUCUCCGUCCAAAUCAACCAAGAUGGAGAUGGAGAUGGAGAUGGUAGUACCUCACCUGCCACCCACCUUCUAACACUGCCCCCUGACUAUCAUCUCUACGAUUAUCAGUGUACUAAUGGCCUGUUUUGUAUUUUUUACUUUGCUAAACCGGUAGCCACUAAAACCCACCAUGAACAUGACCCCGAGGACCACGUUCAUAUAUUUAAUCCCUCCACUGGAGAGUCGAUCAUUCUCCCCCAUACUUCACUGUCCAAAUACACACUCCAGAUUAAAGGCCACUUUGGGUUCAGUCCUUUUACAAACGAGUAUAAGCUUCUCCAAGUCCAUUUAUGCCAUGAUUGGACUUCAAAUCUCUUUAGUUUAAAGCUCGAGAUUUUGACUUUGGGUUCUGAUUCAUGGAGGUGCAUUGAGGUAGACCUCGAUCACCUCCCUUUUAAUCCCCUUUCUUCCCACUUGUAUGGCGAAAGUGUGUGCCUUCAUGGAGCCCUACAUUGGAUAUAUCAAGAUGGUGAGGAUAGGAGUAGGAUAGUGGUAUUUGACCUUGGAGAGGAGAGAUUCAAGGUCAUCACAACUCCUGAAGAUGAUGGUAGUGAUCCCUGUUGGACAAUUGCUGAAGUGGGUGGACGUCUAGCUCUAAUGGAUGACAAGGAUGCGAUGCCACAGAAAUUAAUGUUGGAGUUAUGGAUUUUGAAGGACUACCAAAAUCAAGUGUGGGCUAAAGAGACUAUCAAUUUUCCCUCUCAUUGGCGGGAGUCGACGUACCAUCAUUUGAAUUCUUUACGUACAAUUCACACAGGUGAGCUCUUCAUUCAAUCUUCACCGGAAGUACAGGCAUCUCAUCAUUUCUAUGAUAUGAAGAGUAAUAGUUUUUAUAAAAGUUCAAUUGUUUUGCCUGAUUUGAUAUGGCGGAAUGAUGGUGAUGCUCGGUUGGGCUUAAUUACUAGUUAUCGUGAAACCCUUGCCCCCUUAAGAUUAUAAUUCAUGAGAAUGGAGUGGAAUAGCAUUUCAUUUCGUUUCAUUAUUGUAAAACAUAAUUAAUGGGUUGAUUCUUGUGCAAGACAAGAAGGAUCUGUACUACUGGACAUACAUUUUCUCUUUCCCUUUCCCUACUACACCAUGCUUUAAGCCCUUACCAUAUUAUAAAGGAAAUAGGAUCUGAACUUGUUGCUAUCAAGUUUUAAAGUUUUUCUGUGAACGUGCGAUAACUGGUCAGCCUUUUUAUGCUAUUAAGUCCAAUUAGAU